CGGGCGGUUUGAAGCGGGAUGGAGCGGGCAGCGCUCGAGGAGGCACGGGACGGGGCACCGCCGCAGCAGAGGCGCCCGCAGGCCCCCCAGGGCGGUGAGGGCCGCGGGGAGCGCCCCGCUGCCGCCGCCCCCGCCCCCGGUCAAUGCCUGGAGCAGGCGGGGAGCGUGGCCGGAGGACGUCCCGGCGGCGGGCCUUCAGACUCGUGCGAUGGGGGCUCUUGCUGCGGUUUGGCUUCAGGCGGACGCGGUCCGGGGCGAGUGGCCGUGUGGAGCCAGGGCGGACGGGGCGGCAGCCAUGCCCUCUACUUCUCUUCCAGCAGCGAUGAAGAAUUUGAAAUGUUUUUAGCUAGAAUGAAAACUCCCAAAUCUGUUUCUAAAAAGGCAGAUACAAGUUUGAAGGACUUAAUUGAUGACUUGGAUGAUUUCUUCUUGGACUUUAAAGUGAGAGAGAGCACAACAAAGAAUGCACAGAAGGAUCUUCAGACCCCAAAGAAGUUGAUGACUUCUGGAAAGAAGAACACUUGCUGCCAAGAAUUGCAGUAUCCAGAGGCUUCAAGUGACAUUGAAGAUUCUGUCUUUGUAGAAAGUUCAUGGCAUGACUACCAAAAAGGGGGAGUGAAUGACUUGAAAGAGGGUCGGAGGUGCAUAAAACUCCCACCUCCACAAAAUCUGAAAAAGUCAAUUUCCAGAGGCAAUCCAGACUUGCUUGUUAGAAGGAAAGAAAGAAACUGUGAAAAAAGUACAGAAAAUAAAGUGCCAACUGUGGCGCUGAGGCAAAGUACAGAGGUAGAAUCAGAUAGCUCAGAAGACGAAUUUGAAUCAUUGAUAGAACGGAUAAGGAAACGGAGUAUACCCCGAAAACCAAUCUUAAGCACAAGUAAAACUGUCUACCAGCCAAGCACAAUAGAAAACAUCAAGCCACCCUGUGAAGAUGCCCAGCCCUUGAAAGGGGAGGGAGUCAAGACACCAAGGCCAAACUCCAUUUCACUUCAAGAAACACCUUUCAGGAUAAAGGCUUCUGCAAGAAUUCCUAGGAAUGAAUUGGUCAGUUGCUCACAAUCAGAAAAGACAGAGAAAAGGCUCAGGGUGUGCUCAGUGCCUGGCUGUUUCUUGCAAGAUCUCUCAAAUCCAGCUUCCCGCUAUGUGAAGUAUUUCAAGAAAAAUAAAGAGGAGCUGGCAGAGAAGCUCUACUGUCUGUAUAAUAGAACCAUCUUUGAGCAGAAGUUGCCAGAGAAAAUGGUAAUAAUCUGGAAUAAGAAAAUGAGAAAAACAGCAGGAUAUUGUGUAACUGGGCAGACAGAAGGUCCUAAAGCAAAGCGUUACGCUCGCAUAGAACUUUCUGAGAAAGUCUGUGACUCUGCAGAUCGUCUUCGAGACACGCUAGUUCAUGAGGCUUGCCAUGCAGCCACCUGGCUGAUCAAUGGUGUUCGUGAUGGGCAUGGACGAUUCUGGAGAUUCUAUGCCAAUAAAUCAGCUGUGAUUCAUCCGGAACUGCCAGUAGUAACACGAUGCCACAGCUAUGAGAUUAAUUACAAAUUCAUCUAUGAGUGUGUUCUGUGCAAAGCUACGAUUGGACGUCAUUCCAAGUCUCUGGACACAGAGCACUUCAUGUGUGCCUUCUGUGGCGGGCAGCUGGUCCUGAGUCAGCCCACUCAGAAGGAUGGCACUCCUGCUAGGACACAUCUAAUGCCCUUUGCAAAGUAUGUGAAAGAAAACUAUGGUCUUACUAAAAGAGAGCAGCAUGAGCUGAGUCACGCAGAAGUCAUGCGGAAACUGAGUGCUGAUUUUGCUUUAAAAACUAGGCUUCAAGAUUCCCUGUAGUAUCUCAAUACUCUUCCUUUCUUGAUGCCACUUAAAUUUUGUAUGUAGUAGUAAAUGAGUCUAACAUAAGUCUAAGAAUGUGUUUUGGAGUAUUCCAGAUCACUUUAAUGUUUUAGCAUUGAAUACUUCUAAUAAAGACCUUAAGGCCUUUUCUAAAAUGGCAAGAGUGAGCAAGAAGUAAUGAUAGGAAGUCCACGGUGAUGCACAAGUCAGUCAGGUUAUCCUUCGUAGACUUCAGAUAAACAGUACCUGUGCCUGGAAAGAUGAAGUUCUAGGCCUUUUGUGGGACUGACUCGUUAUGUCUGGAAUUUUCUGAAUGGUAUUUACACAUAGUGCUCCAUAGGAAGUCUUCAGUGACUCCAGUGAGCAAUGGAUUUACUCUUUCAUCUGGGUAGCUGAUAUGCUUUAGACUCUGUAUAUGUGCUGAAGAACUGCUAGAUGUACAUCUGUUUGGGAUUGCCAGAUGCAAGAAAAUUCCAGGCCCACGAGUCAAAGUCCUCUGAUUCUGUCUGGAUGACUUCCAGGCAGGAAAAGAGGCAGACUUGAGGAAGGCUUCAACAUGGGUUCAGGUAUUCUCCCAAGGAAAGUUUCUUGAGUGAUCCUUGGCUGUUUUUGUUAAAAGUGGGUAGUAGGUAGAUGAUGCCUCAGAUCUCUUAGAGAAAGCAUGAGUUUCUGCAAAGCCCUCUGGCCCUGAGUGAGAUCAAAGCUCUUUCUGAUUAAAUUCUGAUUGCAGUUGUGCCUCUACCACUGAGAUUUCAUAGAAGCUAAAAUAGAUGCAAAAGGUCAGGUUGGGAAAAGUGAAUUCAAACACUUUCUACCAUGAAAUGAGAAGGGCUAGUCAGAUGACUUAAGUCUUUUACGUAGAACAUGACUGAAUGUGUGUUACAGUGUUUGUGUCUGCUGUGAACAAAUUACUCAGGGGAUUAGUAAUUUUGAAUAAUCAAUAAAUGCCAAUUUUAUACCAACCAUGACAAUGAACCAGGCUUCUUUGUUUCAAUUUAACUGUGGCUGUGUAGGUAUAGUAUGUGAAAACUUCUGACUUCUCCUAGCUAGUUUUGAGUUUCUCCUACAGCAGGUCACCCUGCUUGCUGUUGAGAAUACCUCUCCCUGCUCCCCACCUCCUGCCCUGUCUUUAUCACUCCCUUUAUACACCAGCUGAAAAAGAAAUAUUAGCAGCAUAUGAAGGAGUUUGAGCCGCUUCAGAAAUAGUCAGUACUGAAGCACACUUCCGCUUGGCAUCUUGAUUGCCUGUGUGGAGUUGGAUGUUCAAAGGGAGGGUCCUCUCUGUGCAUCAUGCAACUGAUGCUACAUUGAGUAAGUGGGUUG